AUGGCGGACGUAGAUUACCCUCGAGUCGCGCGUUCCCUCGUCGUUCCUCACUACGCGCUGCGCGCUCACGUUUGUACCACGGCGUGCCUCCUCCUGCUACUCCUCUACUGCUCACCGACGUCGGCUUUCCGGCCCAUAUCGAGGCAGAUCGUAUCGAAGCUGCCUGCUCGCCGCGGAUCUUCCGCGCGGAUGGUUCCGCCUCGCGUGGUGCAAUUUCUCGCUGCGCGGCGGGCGGAGAGAGCAUCCGCGGGGGGACGCAGAGGCGGGUACUACAGCCGGUCAGCGAGUUCAGCGGUGCGCGCAUCAUCCUCCGCAGCCGCGCCGCAAGCUUCGGCGGUUACCACGGCGGCUCUCACGGCGAUCUUCACGGCCGCGCUGCUACCUAUCCCGGCGAAGAAGCCGAACGCGUGCACGUGGCCCGGCGUGAGUUGUGCCGCUAACGGCGGCGCUGUUGAGCAACUAUACUUCGACGACUACAUUGACUUCGACUCACCGCGGCCUCCCCCACGCACGCCUCGCCUUUGCAACAGUACUGCGCGCGCACCAUCCCCGCCUCCUGCCAGGGCGAUCAAGCCCUCUCCUUCCUCACUUACUCACUACUAUUUCUUCCUAUUUUCCUGUCUCUCCCCUCCCUGCUUCUCGUCCCUCGCCCCAUCAUCCCCCCCAGGCACCACCCCCGCCUUCUGCAAGGGCGAGGACCCAAUGUUUUACCUCAAUCUCGCCUUCAACGCCCUCUCCGGCCCGCCCAACCCGCUCUCCUCCCCCGCCUGCGCCGCCUCCCUAGAAUAUCUCAACCUUGCCUCCAACCGCCUCUCCGGCCCCAUCCCCGCUACAAUCAGCUCCUUUACAAACCUCACGCGCCUCCGCCUUGAUAAGAACACCCUCACGGGAGCGAUCCCUGCUGGUGUGAGCAAUAUGAAACAGCUGCGGGGACUCGGAUUGUCGUAUAACAACCUAUUGGGGAAAAUUCCCGCGGUUUGGCCGGCAAAGUCCCUCGCCCUGCCUUUCCUAACCGCCCCACCCAUGUCCUCUCCCCACCCCCUCUCCCUUUCACUGGUCUGCUCCUCCUGCCAAACUCUCUCGCUCUGA